CUCAUUACUCAUAAGUUAUACCUAUACUCAGUAAUACACCGGUCUUCGUAACUGACGGUCGUUUUAUUUGCCCACAUACAUCUCAGUGGCGACGCGGCGGGAUAACUUACCCUCGUUAAUUUUAAUAAAUAAAAUGUCGGCCUACCUAGGGAAUCUGCAAAUAUUUGACCACAAAACAAGUGAAUGGCAAAUUUUUAAAGGAAAAUUAGUGCAGUUUUUGAAAAUUAAUAAAGUGUUGGACGAAGAAAGUAAGAUUGGAGUUCUGCUAACGCAUAUCACCGAUGAAACGUACCGCUUAGUACGUAACUUGGCUUACCCUCACGAGUUGGAUAUUCUUAGUUACGCGGGGCUAGUUGCAUUACUCGACGGCCAUUUCAAGCUCAGACAGUGUUCAUUUGCUGAUAAAGCGAAGUUCUAUGCAGCGUGCAGGAGUUCAGGCGAGUCAUUAGGAGACUGGGCGGCGCGACUAAGGGGUCUUGCAACCUAUUGCGACUUCGGCAACGCCUUGGAAACGAAUUUGCUGGAUCGUUUCGUCCUUGGCUUGAGCUCUGGGCCAGAACGCGAUAAGCUAUUUGAACAGAAGCCGUCCACGCUCACAUUGGCUCGAGCUAUUGAAUUGGCAGAACAAGCAGAGAGUGCUAAGAAGGCGAAGGUAUCGGUCUCAGGGAGCGAUGCAGUGCAAGUCAAGGAGGAGCCGGUAUUCCGCGCGAAGAUUCAAGGCCGCGCUGGCCGCGCUCCACCGGCUCGGCGCGACCGCGCUGGUGCGAGCGGAGAUGAUUCAGCGAAUCGGCGUGACAGUUCGCGCUGCAAAGUGUGUGGUCUGAGAAACCAUGGAAGUGGUGACAAGUGCCGUUACAAAGGGUAUCGGUGUCAAAAGUGUGGGGUCAAAGGUCACCUUAAAAAGGUUUGUUCUAGUGUGAGUUCGGGUGUUUACCAUGUCGGGGAUGACGAGCCCAACGAAGGUCGUCAGGUUUGUGAGGAAUGUGAAAAUUUUAACAUAAGGUUUCAAAAAUUAAGUGUGGAGGAAUGAUGUGUAUCUCAUUACUCAUAAGUUAUACCUAUACUCAGUAAUACACCGGUCUUCGUAACUGACGGU